GAUCGCGAAUCGAUGUUGGCUUUCCGAAUCGGUUGAGGCAACCAAUCAGGAACAAACAGCAACUAGCAUAUGAUGUCAUGGCAAACACUUGGUGUGAGCCGAAAUGCCCUGGCUGAAAUGUCUUGUCGGGGAAAGCCGACAGAAUGUUAUAAGACGUCUAAAGGAUUCAAGUUGCAUUCCCGAGCAUCGUAGCCCAAGCUAUCCGGUAGAGUUCAUUUACUGGGGUGCCAACCUUUAAUUCCGUCUCCAUUGUUACCCCAUCACCACUGAGGCUUUGGUAUCGAUCUGUUUUCGACAUGGAUAAUGCUGCGGACAUGGUUUCAGAGGGGAAACUCAAGCAAGGCUUCUUCCUCGCAACCCUCGUCUCAACCGUAGCUGGCACAUUCAUCACGAGCAUAAACUUGUACGACCGUCUCAUUGAGCAACGACGGCAAAAGAAGCUGGACCGGGGCCAGAAUAAGAAAAUCAAAGAGCUCGAGCAGCGCCUAAACGAAGCCGAGGAGGAGAAGGAACGCAUCAAGGAAGAGAGCACCAAGGGUAGCAGGGCUAGCGAUGGAGACAACGAGUUCCGGAAUUCGCUACAGCAGAGCGGCAACAUGGUUCAACAACAAUACGACCGCUAUUUUGCAAACCUAGGACCGAAAUUUGCCGAGGGUGACCUGGUUGCCCAAAACCAGAUCCAGAGUCAAAUCAUCCUCCUCCAAGGCAGCGUCAUCAAGCUCCUCGAAGAAGCCAUCCUCACCGGGACAUUACCAGACCUCAACAAGCUUUACAACACAUCCGAAUUUGCUCGCGAGGGCAGCAUCCGCGCACUACGCGACCAGUACCAGCGGCUACUCGAAUCAGCCCCUCCUCAACGGCGACCUCCAGGCCCCAUGAGGCGGAUCUCAUCCACCCCAUCACUCCAAGCCCGCUCGACGGAUUCCGCCUGGAGCCAUCGUCGGCCACCGCAGAAGGCACUCACCCACCCCAGCAACGGCGGGCCACUGUUCUGUCGCGCCGCCAAACAGCUGCAGCAAACCUCCAGCCCUUUAGAAGCCGUUAUUGCCAUGGACCGCUCAUCAGCGGUAUGCGGCGCGUGCGACGCCGGGGCCGGUGUGGGAGACGACGCGGACGGGUGCCGGUCCUGGAGGAUAGAGAAAGAGCUGGCCGUUCGGGGCCGCGGGUCGGCGCGGGAAGAUCGGCGGUACUCCAGGGGGUCGGAUAUCGGGUCCGAGGCGAUCGUGGUCCGGACGUACCUGUUGACUAGGCGGUUCAUAUUCAAGUGCCACCGCGAACGGUCCGGGUAUGCUUGUUAUUUGUGUUUCCGGCACCGCGAUCAGGACACCCUGUGCAGGUCGGAGGAGGGCUUGGUGAGCCAUGUGACGAGCAAGCAUAGUGUUAGUGAGUAUGAGAGGGAGAGGGAUAUUAGGGAGCUGGACCGGAGUCUGCCAUAUCGGUAGGGGCCCAAGGGGUGGAGUUAAAAGUAGCUCCAAGGAAUAUCAGUGUCGCCAUAGUAGGCUGAAUGGGUUUACCUAUCUACUUCUCAAGACGAGGUACGAAAAGCCGUCGGAUACAGUGUGAUUCUGUCACUGCAUGGAAGACACCAGC